GACAUUUUCUCUCUUUUUUUUCCCUUUUAAUUCACUCUUUUCAUCACUUUUUAUCUAUUCGUUUCUUUGUCUUUAUAUAAAAACACACUUCAUCAUUAUGCCAGCAGUAGUUGGAAUUGCUUGGACAGUUUAUGGCAUAGUCGCUGCGAUCUUUUUUCUAUUCAGUAUUGGUUUUACACGUUAUUAUCAAGAUAAACAUGAACGAGAUACAUUUGCCACCAUUGUCACUAUAUUAGCACUAGGUUUGGUAUUAUCCUGUUUAGCUUUACUACCAGUAGAUAUCUUUUUGGUAUCUUCUACUGUUGAUCAAUGGACUGGGUUAAAGAAACCAUGGGCUACUCCGGAUACUAUUGAAAAUAUGAAAUUUGUUGUCCAAUGGGUAUAUUAUGGUUGUUAUGGUAUGAUUGGAUUCUUCUGUUUCUUUUUGAUUCCUUUUGCCUAUUUCUAUUAUGAAGAAGAAGAUGUGGAUCAAGCUCGUAGAGACAGAAUCAAAGGUGCGUUCAAAUAUACUUCAUUCUUUGUCGCCAUCUCCAUCUUUUUAUUCUUGUUUGCCUUAUUUCUCAAACCUAAUCGACCUCCUCCAAAACUGGAUCUGGAUUGGUUUAAACAUAUAUUAUUGGAAUCAAAUGGUGAAAAGACAAUUGCAUUUGUGAUUGCUUGUUUGGCUUUAUUGGGAAUGCUUAUUUUGAUUGGAUAUACGGCACCUGGAUUAUCACUUUUCCCUAUGGGCUUGAUCAAAGGUAAAAAAGCUUUAGAUGUGGAAAAUGAAGAUGUUGGAAAUCAAUUGGUGGCUGUACGUGAACGACAACGUGCCCUUCAAGCAAAAUAUACUGGAAACAACAAAGUGAUGACAGCUCAUGAUUACCGGUCUAUGGAAAAUUUGGAAGAUGAAGAAAGAAUCUUAGUUCGACGAUUAAGGGGUAUUGAAGAAGACAAGAAAAGUGUUUGGCAAAAGAUCUUUACCUUCCUACGUCCAUUUGAGUUGAUUAUUGGUAUCCUUUCCUUUAUGUUGACUUGGGUGAUUAUGAUAUCUAUGUUUUUGACAAUAGUGGACAAGAUCGCAUCUUCUAUUUGUGGCCGACAAUGUGGAUACAUUAUUAGUCACCCUACACUUUUCAAUCCAAUCAACUUUAUCUUUGUCAAUCUAUCCAAAUGGUUUCCAUUGGAUUACGUAUUCAUGAUAAUUUUGAUCCUUUACUACUUUAUGGCAACUUUAUCAGGUCUUGUAACAAUGGGUAUUCGCUUUUUAUGGAUGAAUCUUUAUCAUAUUCGGAAAAAUGGAACUGCUCCUCAAGGGCUUUUGGUGACAGCUGUGCUUUUGACCCUGAGUCUACUGGCUUUGAAUUACACGGUGACUACGACGGUUGCGCCUGGUUACGCCCAUUUUGGUAGUCAAGUUUAUUGUAACUAUACAAUAGGGGACAAACGUGAUUGUAGUGAUCGAAAUGAAUACAUUAUCCCUUGUGAUUUGAAAGCACCUACUGAAAUAUGUACACCUACUACAUCAUCAAUAUUGAUUGAUCGCGUUCUUGUGGAUACACCUUUCCUUGGAUUCAUCUUUUAUUGGUGUCAAUGGGCAUUCCUUGGAAUGUUUUUGAUUGGAAGUGUAGUGGCUAUUUUCUGGCGACCUCGCAACAAUGUGGGAAGUGGUGAUGAUGAUUAUCUGGAUGACGAAGAACAACAGGGGUUAUUAUCAUCAGGAUCACAACAACAGCAACAACAACCUUCUUAUCAUUAGUUAUAUAUCUAGUUAUUUGGUUAUUUAGUUCGUUAGUUAGUUAGUAUACUUUUGGUUUCAUUAUUCUCAUGAUUUUUGAUGCGUUCCUUUUUUUUUGAAAUAAAGCAAGUGUUGUUUUGAAUGAUAGGCAAUGAA